UGUGUGUGCAGCGGGUGGGUGACAGCUGGGCUCCAAGCGCUGCGCUCCAGUCUGGUAAGAAGCUUCGUCUCCAAAUAGGAUGAGCGUCGGCUUUUGUGGCAGGGACCGCGUCCAGCGCCGUAGCUAGUGGUGGGACACCCGCUCGGUUCCGGUGGGAGUGUAAAAGUCACGGCGUCGGGGCUUCUCUCCCGUGCGUGGAUUCGCGAUGGAUUUUCCGAUUUGAAGGGGGCGCGCGGCGAACGCGGAGCAAAGUCGCGCUCGUGCUGUUAUUGUGAAGCGAGCUGCGUCUGAACUGGUCCGAGCGCCUCCUGGUUCUCAUGGAUUACUAAAAGGCAGAGCUGUGCGACCACUCGGACGCGCAUCCAUUCAUGAGCUGAAGGCUGAGAGAAAUCUGCAGCAGAGGACCAGCAGCAGCAGUGUUGGUGCCACCAUGAGGUCAGAGGCCUUGUUACUGUACUUCACGCUACUGCACAUAGCCGGGGCAGGCUUCCCCGAGGACAGCGAGCCUAUUAGCAUCUCACAUGGCAACUACACGAGGCAGUAUCCGGCAUUCGUCGGCCACAAACCGGGCAGGAACAACACACAGCGGCACAAACUGGACAUCCAGCUCAUCAUGAUAAUGAACAGGACGUUAUACAUCGCUGCCAGGGAUCACAUAUACACGGUGGACACGGACACUGCCAACGGUGACGAGAUCUAUUUCAGUAAGAAAAUGACCUGGAAGUCCAGACAGGCAGACGUGGACACGUGCAGAAUGAAAGGGAAGCAUAAGGACGAGUGUCACAAUUUCAUCAAAGUCCUCCUGCAGCAGAAUGACGACACCCUGUUUGUUUGUGGGACCAACGCUUUCAACCCCUCGUGCCGAAUGUACAAGACGGACACCCUGGAGGCUCUGGGGGAGGAGAUCAGCGGGAUGGCGCGCUGCCCGUACGACGCCAAGCACGCCAACGUGGCUCUGUUCGCCGAUGGCAAGCUGUACUCGGCCACCGUGACAGACUUUCUGGCGAUCGAUGCGGUCAUCUAUCGUAGCCUAGGAGACAGCCCGACUCUGCGCACCGUCAAACAUGACUCUAAAUGGCUGAAAGAGCCCUACUUCGUCCAGGCAGUCGAUUACGGGGACUUCAUCUACUUCUUCUUUCGGGAAAUUGCUAUGGAGUACAACACAAUGGGAAAGGUGGUGUUCCCUCGUGUGGCGAGGGUCUGCAAGAACGACCGCGGCGGCUCGCCCCGCGUCCUGGAGAAGCAGUGGACCUCCUUCCUCAAGUCGCGGCUCAACUGCUCCAUCCCCGGCGACUCGCACUUCUACUUCAACAUCCUGCAGGCCGUGACGGACGUCAUUCACGUCAGCGGGAGGGACGUCGUCAUGGCGACCUUCUCCACGCCUUACAACAGCAUUCCAGGCUCGGCGGUGUGCGCCUACGACAUGGCGGAGGUGGCCAACACGUUCACAGGCCGCUUCAAAGAACAGAAAUCCCCCGACUCCACCUGGACGCCGUUUCCCGAGGAGAGGGUUCCCAAGCCAAGGCCCGGCAACUGUGCUGGCACUCCAUCCAUGGAAAAGUUCAAGGUGUCCAACGAGUUCCCCGACGACACGCUCAACUUCAUUAAGAUGCACCCGCUGAUGGACGAGGCCGUGCCCUCCAUCGCUAACAGGCCCUGGUUCCUCAAGACCAUGGUCCGGUACCGUCUGACACGCAUCGUGGUGGACAGCGAGGCCGGUCCCCACAGGAACCACACCGUCGUCUUCCUCGGGUCUGAGAAAGGCAUCAUCCUCAAGUUCCUGGCCAAGAUGAGCAGCGGCCUCCUCAACGACAGCCUGUUCCUGGAGGAGCUCAGCGUCUACAACCCCGACAGGUGCAGCGUGGACGGCGUGGAGGACAAGCGCAUCAUCGGCAUGCAGAUCGACAGCAGGAGCCACGCUCUGUGGGUGGCGUUCUCCUCCUGCGUGGUGAAGGUGCCGCUGUCCCGCUGCGACAGGCACGGGAGAUGCAAGAAGUCCUGCAUCGCCUCCAGGGACCCGUACUGUGGCUGGGUGUCAGAGGGAGCCUGCAGACAGGUGGUCGGCAGUGUGAAGUCGGCCUUCGAGCAGGACGUGGAGCACGGCAACACAGAUGGCCUGGGAGACUGCCAAAAUACCUUUGUGGCGCUGAACGACUUUCCUUCCAGUUACGAAGGCCACCAUCACCACCACCAUCAUCACACCCUCUCACUUCCCACCACGGCCCUACCCGAGGCCGCCGAGGGCCCCCUGGGCCGGGGCCGCAUGGUGGAGCCGAAGGAGCCCCCCAUGAGCUCAGACAAAGGGGAGGACCCGUACGUGGCCGUGCCCUCUCAGACUCAGCCCGAAGCCAAUGGUGUGAUCCGCGAGAGCUACCAGAAGGGUCGCGACCAGCUGGUUCCCGUGACCCUGCUGGCCAUCGCCGUCAUCCUGGCGUUCGCCAUGGGCGCCAUCUUCUCCGGCAUCAUCGUGUACUGCGUCUGUGACCACCGGCGGCGAGACGCGGACCUGGCGGGCCGCAAGGAGAAGGACGGCCACCACCUGCACUCCCGCCGCGGCUCCAUGAACAGCGUGACCAAGCUGACGGGCCUGUUCGAGACGCAGGCCAAAGAUGGCCGCCCCGAGGCCAUCCUCACCCCGCUGAUGCACAACGGGAGGCUGACCACCAACGGGAAGAUGCUGAUAAAAGCGGACCAGCACCACCUGGACCUCACGGCGCUGCCGACGCCCGAGUCCACCCCCAUGCAGCCGCGGCGCAAGCCCAGCAGGGGGAGCCGCGAGUGGGAGCGGAACCAGAACCUUAUCAACGCCUGCACCAAGGACAUCCCCCCGAUGGGCUCCCCCGUCAUCUCCACGGACCUACCGCUGAGGGCGUCGCCGGGCCACAUCCCCAGCGUGGUCGUCCUGCCGCUGCCGCAGCACCAGCACCAGCACCAGCACCAGCACCAGCUCCAGCCGCAUCUGCAGCACCAGCAGUCCUACCAGCACGAGUACGUGGAGCAGCCGCACCACAGCGACCUGAACAUGGGCCACGGCGUCCUGGACGACCAGGGCGCCACCUUGGAGUACAAGGCGGUGAAGAGCCCGUGCCACGGCCUCGGCGCGCUGGAUCCGGACGGGCCGCUGCCGCCGCGCGUGCCCCAGCGCGAGGCCUCGCUCUCGGUGCCGCCCGCCGUCCCGCAGAUGGGCAAGCGGCUGGAGGUGCACUCGUCCGUCUACGGGCUCAGGAAGGGCUCGGCGUCGGCCGCCUGCGGGUCCUCGGCCCUCAGGAAGCACAACACCAACUCGUCCAACUCCUCCCACCUGGCACGGCACCACAGCUUCAACCGCGUGGAGACGCCGCCGCCGGCGCCGCAGAGGGUGGACUCCAUACAAAUGACAGCGCAGGGCGUUUCUCUGACCCGGCAGGCGGGAGCGGCCUCCUACGGGUCGCUGCCCCGAACGGGCGCCAAGCACCUCAGACCCGACGUCCCUCCCAAACCCUCCGUGGUGUCGCUCUCCACAAAACCCAAGUCCAGUGACUCGUGCACAUAGGCAGCCGGUCGGACCGGCGGUCCGGUGGGAACGGACCCGAACUGGGAACACUGUACAACUUGCAUCUCUUUUAGUGGUUCGUGUCUGAUCGUCUUUGGUGUACAGUACAGUGAAAAUGCAACACAGUUUUUUUUAAGGAAACACACUUUCUUUUAUAUAAAUAUGUAAAUAUUACACAAUGGUUGUUGUCAUUUGUCGCUGUCGCGGAGCCCGCGCUCCGCUCCGCUCCACAGACACGCUCACGCUACUCAGACGAAGCUUGCCUCGAGCUCGUCCUCGGACGGCGGUGAGUCGCGUCCGGGACAGCGGCCUCUCGGCCUGUGACUGGGGACAGUGAAGGCAGCGCGGCGGCACUGGGCGGUAACCGGUGAACGGCAUCGUGGGGACUGUGGAGCCUGAGCCCACGGGGUUCGAGGAGACUGAGCCCAGGCUGAAAGGGACAGACGACUGCCCGAGGUCUGUGGGAAACUGUGAAAAGCCUCUCAGUGUUACCUGAGUCCUGCUUGGGCCAGAGAAACCUCCUGCUGUACUGGUUACUGAAUAACACAUGACUGUUAAUACUAAUAGCUUGUUGUAUUUAUUUUUAUUAAGUGCUUUUGAAAAAAAUCUGACUUUUUAGGCUUGGAGAGAAAGAGAGCGAGAGAGAGAGAGAGAGGACAGAGAAGAGAUCUUUUAAUAUUAAUUAAUGUGUGAGAAGAAAAAAAAACUUAUUUAAAGUCAUUAAACUGGAGCCAGUAGAACUUUCUUGAUGACUAAGCGUCCACUAGGUCUUACUGUGUGCUCAGUGGGACCUUGAGAUAUAUGUGACCUCUGUGGAGAGGAGGGGAUAUUUAUUUAAACUGUGCCAGACAGGGACUUUUACCUUCGCGGACCAGAGUUUCAGACCAAUCAUGAGGAACGACUUCCUGAAUCUCCCCCCUCCACUCCUCCUCCCAGUGAGCACCUCUCCCCCAACCAGCACUGUGGUUUUCGUGUGAGUCGGCGACGUUGGUCCGAUCCGCAGCGAGCGGCGCCGGAGCGAGGCUGCGAGCGGUGCCGCCAUGUUGGGACGCGUCGGCGUCACACUGAUAAGCAGGUGGAGAAGAAAACUACUAAAACAUCUGUAUUGCCUGCUUGUUUUUCCACAUGUAAAUUUGUGCCUUACACCCUAAAGUAGUGACAAUGUUUCCUUUAAUAGCUGUUAACUUUGUCUCCUCGUAGUGUUUUUUUUUUUUCUUACAUCAUGAUAUUUCCCUGGUUUGAUAAAAAUGCAAUUAAAGAAUGUAGGUGUUAUUGUUGUUAUCCCGGUCCCUAGGCAUAACACACACACACACACACACACACACACACACACACACACACACACACACACACACACACACACACACACACACACACACACACACGUUGUGGUUCCUUUCUGAUUGUGCCAUUAAUGCGCUUGAAGCAGCCCUUUAUGUUGUGCUGACAGUGUCGAUGAAGACGUUGUGAGUGUUUUUGAUUUCCUAUUUUAUACGAGUCCUGUUUGUUGCUGUCUGUUCGCCUGGAGUGACGGUUCAAUGACUGAUUAAGUGAACAAAUAACGUUUGCAACCCCACAAGGCCAGCGUGCGUACGUAUCUUUCCGGUGCACUGCAAUAAUAUUAAUAAUGAUGGUGAUAAUAUUGCAGAUAUUGCGGCGGCACCAGAGCGGACGUCCAGUGUGAGACGCACUCACUAACCGGCUCUAGGCCUCUUGUCCUUAACACUCAUUUGUUAGGUAGUUGCAGAAACAGGCUGGUUCCUGUGAAGAAAGUCAACGUUUCGAACUAAGAUAUUAAGAAAUGUACCUUUUUAACCCCCUUUUGUAAGAGAACGCGGCUGUAGGACAUUUUGUGUUUUUGUUUUCGUUCACCAACUCUCGAGGCUGAGAGUUCGACUAAUCAGACCUUUUUUACUUUCACUUCCUUUACUUGAGGAUUUUUAUGGACCUCCACCCCCCCGACGCCGAAAUCAGCGGCGCUCCCUUAGUGUUGUAUGUGUAGAUAGGUGACGUUUGUUUUUUUUUCUUGACAUGAAGCAAUCUUUCUGUUUCUCAACGGAGAAAAGCCAAUUAAGUCUCAACCCACAGCUGACGUGAGAAGGACGAGUAGGAGCCGUGACCUGACUAAGAUUUUUCCACUGUGCGUAGAAGCUCGCAGGGUUCGGUUGCAGCGCCAGGUCCAAGUCAGUUACUUGAAGCUACCACCUUCAAAGUGCAAACGACCCCAAACCAUAUGACGGGUGGGUGGGUGGGUGGACUCCAGACCUUUUAGACUGGCCGCCGCUGGGACCAGUGGAACCAGCAGCUUUCUGCAGGCGAGGGAUGAUGCUGAUCUCAUCCCUCAGACGCUCAUCACGUUCACACAGAGUGAGGACGGACAGGAGGCAGCGUCCUGUGUAGAUGUGUGGGUGCAGUUCAGGUUUGAUGUCAGACAGGGAAGGCUGCUGUGGACAGUGAGGUUGGUUGGUGUGUGCCUUUUUGUCUCACCAUGGUUUAUAAUGCACCGCUGUUAGAUGCAAGUUGACUCUCCUCUCAACCUUUUGAACUUUGUAAGCUUGUAAGAUAUUGUGACGUCACAAAGUUUUUUGCCCUACUCUCUCCACUUCCUUAACAUCUGAUUCACAGCUUAAUGUAUGUUGUAAAGAAAAAAAACUCUUUAAUUUAAUGCAAAAUGUAAUAAAAAAAAAAAAUAAAAUUCUUGUCAUGGA